AAAAGAUGGUCGAUUAAGAAAUUGAUACGGUAAACUGGCGACCAAGGAAACAGUUAUUUUUAGUUAAAAUGUAAUAAAAGUAUCGCAUGGGAAAGUAUACACACGCUACACAACCUGUUGAUAACGAAAAAAUCGUCCCGAUACAGACAAACUGUACGGCGUGUAUAUGAUGUUAGAUGGGUUGUUAUAGAUAGAUUUUCAAGUAGAUACUGAGGGAUUUACCUUGUACACGUAACACAAGUUAUAGUAAUUCAUAGUGCAGGAUGUUCAUUUGUUUACAUAUUGCCGGAAGGAGUGUGUGACACGGAUUUAAUUAAUUCACUCUAUUAAACUGUAUACACACAUUUUCAAGUUCGUGUACAGCGAAUGUAUCACGUGUGCAUAAAUACUGUAUUUUAGAAGUAUCGCUUAAUUAACUUCGCAUCACAACAUUGUAUGACAUGGAAUAGAUUUAACUUAUUAUAGUGGUGUUUACUAUAAAGAUGAGUUUAAUAGAAACAGCAAUGGAUUAUUUAUCUGUACUGAAACAGCGGUGUCGUGGUGUGUCGUUUGUUAUGGUGCUCACUUUGACCGCAUUUCUUGGAUUUGUUGUAUUUUCACCGCUGUUUAUUACCGUAUUUGUUCUAAGAUUGUCAAGUGCACGCUGGAUAAUUGAUACCGUUAUAAGCACGUGGUUUGCGCUCGCUGUAGCCGCUUUUGAACUUUUGUAUGGUGUUAAAGUUGUAGUGAAUGGUGAUGUUUCUAAUAUAGACAAAUAUUGUAGUUCUCUUAUUAUCAUGAACCAUCGGACGAGACUUGAUUGGUUGUUUUAUUUCGCAGUACAAGCCAGAUAUAGCACAUUAAGGAGGUUUAAAAUAUCAUUAAAGGAUGAACUACGUCACGCACCAGGUGCAGGAUGGGCUAUGCAAGCAAAGCAGUUUCUAUUUUUGAAAAGGAAUUGGGAUCUUGAUAAAAUUCGUAUCGAAACAUCUUUGAAACAUUUCCAGUGCGUAAAUUAUUACCCACAAUUGUUAUUUUUUCCAGAAGGAACGGACUUUACCCCGUACACGCGUAAUAAAAGUAAACAAUAUGCAAAGAAAAACGAUCUUCCGGAGUAUGAGUACGUCCUUCACCCAAGGACAACAGGAUUUACAUCUGUAUUUGGUUACAUGAAAUUAUAUAACAAUUUAAAACAAGUAAUAGAUGUUACAAUAGCAUACCCCCAAAAUAUACUUCAAAAUGAAUCCGAUCUUCUAAAUGGAAAUAUCCCUAGAGAAAUUGUGUUCACAGUGAAGACAUAUAAAGCCAGUGAGCUUCCUGACACCAGUGACAACGAUCUGGUAAUUUGGCUUGAAGGAAGAUGGCGCGAAAAGGAGAAUUUUCUGAAAACUUUCUAUGAACAUAAACAACAAACAGACGAUAAUAAUUAUGAUUUUAAUCAAAAUCUUGAUAUUGAGAGAGAUUUAAUUCUGUAUUCUAUAGGUGCAAUACUUUUCUGGGCAUUUGUUACUAUAGUGACAGUUUGGUGUCUUUUGUUUUAUACAUACUUUAGAUGGACAUUUCUCAGUUUAAGUGUUAUUAAUUUGAUCAUCAGUACAUGUACAGGGUUUGAUUCACUGUUUACUAGUCUGUCCGUCAUGUAAACUUAUCAGUACAAUAUAUCAAGCCAAUUUUGUGAGAUAAAAAGUGCCAUUAUCUAUACAUAGACAUCACGUGACUCUGAGUCCAUCAUAUGUGCCGUGUAUAAAAUCCUUUUUUGGACAAUGUCUUACAUUAUACAUGUGUGUAACAAGGAAACAAUGUUAUUAUAUUUAUUCAGACACUAUGUUAUACAGACUCAUACGGAACGUCGGUGGUUCUACUCAGGUGCCCGUUUGUGCCUGAAAUAGCGCACGGAGGGACAUCGGCUCCAUCUGUAAACAUAUUACCUAUACUGUGAUGGUGGACGUAAAACCCAAGAAAAAUUAUUAUGCAGACCAAAUUAUUAUUUUAAAACCAGAUUUAUUGUAAAACAGAAUCUCAAAUUCAUAUCUAUCUUCCCUUCUCUUUUAGUUACUACUGAAAUAUUACUAUUUUGAAACCGGAAAAGAGGUUAUAAAAAUGUUAUGAUUUGUGUUCAUGUUUUAUCUUUUGUUAAUAAAGGUUUCGUUUCGUUCA